UGUCCCAGACAGGUUUUUUCAACUGCAAGACCCUACGUAGCGUUCUUUGCCCCGACGAAGAAAUAAUUCAUCGGAACCGUGAAGCUUGCAUUGCCACUACAUUGGCUAAACUUUUAAAUGAACGAGAUUUUUUGAAAGUUUGUUUUAAUAACUCACAGCAAUAAUUUAUGGUACAUGACUUGCUAUGGAGGAAGACAGCAUUGUCAGUGGUGCUGAUUAUCAAACUUUGACUCUUUCUUCGGAAGAGUUGGCAGUUGUUGUUCCUGGAGGGGACUUUCACAAGGUUUAUCUCAAGCCAACACAAACAGCAGAAAUCAAAAAGAAAUAUUCUAAAGGACCCAAAAGACCUCAACCCAAGAAAGAGCUGUACUUAAAACUUGAUGAAAUCUUGUUUGAUGCACUUCGACAAGAGUUUGAAGUAUGUCCAGGGAACACUAUUGAUCGCCUCUUUAUGGUGAAGUUCUUGACGGGUGUUGUCCAACGACAUUUGAGUGACUUUCCAGAUCUUGACAACCUUUUGAACCUACGUGACACUGUGUUAACUGGUCGCAUUAAAAAAGUGUUUCCAGAAGUGGAGUAUAAGAGAAGACAGGUCAAAGAGGAUCACUACAGGAAGGCGUGGCUGUAUGUAAAUAUCAGAAGGAAACCUUCCAGAGCUUCUCACCCUGAUGAAGUUAAAAUUGAAAGUGUGAGCACCACUAGCACAUGGACCCCACCCGUCGCAACUGUAACUGUACCACUGAAGCAAGCUUCAUCACCGUCUUCAUCACCACCAGCAGGUGCAGGUCAUCUACAAAGCUCACCCGCACACACAGUGGAGCACUGUAGCCCCAAUAACAUGGUUGGAGACAGCAUUUGUGUUGGACAGUACCCUGGUGAGUCUCUGGUGUGUGAUAGUGGCUCUGAUGGUAUGGCAUCAGAUAUCAGCAGUCAUUUUAGCACCGAGUGUGAAGCAAGCGAGAGGUCAGCUUUGGCUAUGGAUAGCUCCACUUUGCAGGAAUGGGUGGUUUCAAACUACGUGCAAGACAGUUUAUGCUAUGUUCCCGUUCAAGAUGUGGUGAAAGCAUUCAAGAAAGAUUUUAAUAUGGACAUCACUUACAAAGAAUGCCACCAACUAGUUCUGUCCGCUUACGCCAGUCCCAGAAACCGAUUGAUCCCCAAGAAGAGCGUACGAGUAUCGUCCGUUGGGCAACAGUAUGUGUAUAGAGGAAUAAGUCCUAUCAAUAAAGAUUCAGGGUCCUCCAGCAAACCUCAGGCUGGUAAUGAAUUCGAGUUUGCCCAAACCUUUCAAGGAGAGGAUUCAUGCGAAGAACCCGAGGAGGACUGGAAGCAAAAAAUGAAGGAAUUGACUGAUGAGCGCGACCGAGCAUUAAAGGAACGGAAUCAGGCUCUCGCAGCCCUGAUGGAACUAGAAAAAGAACAUGCAGAGGCAUUUGAGACAAUAGAGAAAAUGAAAAAGGAAAAAAUGAGAGGCAGCUUGGCCGAAAACUCUUCGAAGACUAUGACCGAAACGGUAGUUAAUAGUCGAGAACUUAGCACGAAUCAUUGCAAAGAAUCAUUCCUUGAAAAGUUGUGGGAAAGAUUUGGAGGGACAAAAAGCGAUUGCGCGACAGAACAGAAAAUGAAAUGUGAUCAAGAUAAUUCUGAUUAUUCGUUCUGGAAGGAGAUUGUCACCCAAGCGAAGGAAGAGCGUGACAAUUUAUUGAAAAGGUUAACCGUGGUGAAAACAGAAAGGAACUCGUAUUUGGAGCGCAUUCACUUGUUGGAGAAAGAAAACCAACGAUUGCGUGACACUGUAGACAUUAAGCUCACCGAUGUGUCACACCACCGACUGUUAGAUGACAUUUCACUGCAUUUCCAAACUAACUGUCACGGUGAAAAUGACCCAAAGGAAGCCUUAAGUUCUGUUCUGGCUCAUUUAAAGUCAAAACGGAAACAAGUGACUCCGUCUCGGUUAAACAAGUCUCCAAGGCUUGACCAUGUCAAUGGCAGGAACAGCACCGAGGAUGCAACUACUCACCCAGUCACUCUCACCUUGUCUUUAAAGGUCCGAGACGAUGGAAGAGCUUUUUCUGGAGACAUAGGCACCUCAAACGGUGACUUUCUGAGAGAAGAAUCUGAGAGAUUAGUAAAUGGAAAUUUCGACAACAAAGAAAGUAGUGCAAGCAAUAAGAAACCGGAUACUGAACAGGAUUUACUCGUUUUUACGUCAGGUAGUGAAAUGGUCGGGUUCACGCGACAUCCUCUGGAGGACUAAGUUCUUCACACCAUGUGACGUUAGUCAAAGAAUGCAGACUUUUUUUAAAGGUGUGAAUCUAGCUCGUUAAUUAAUUUGCGGAGAGAGCAUCUAUAUGUUGUCCGAAUACCCAUCUGUGAUGUAUGUGAUGUGUUAGAAACCGCAGUUGCAUUUAUAUAUCGUACUCUAUCAGAAUCUUCCCCAAUCGUCUUUCAGUCGUAUCGGAGUCUUCUGUCGUCAUACACUAGCCGUUCUGGAAUUGGCUCUCGUUGUUUGACAGUCGUGUCAGGGUCGUCUACAGUCGUAGUGGAGUCGUCUCUGGUUGGUUGUGACUCUUGUCGGGAUCGUCUGUAGUCGAACCUGAGCUAUUCUUGGUCUUACAUUAUUCGUACUGGAGUCGUCUUUAGUUUUUCGUGGUUUGUCUUUAACCUUGCUGGAGUCGGCCUCAAGUCGUACCUUAGUCAUAACUUGGUCUUACAUAGUCUUACUUCAGUCGUAGUGAAGUUGUAGCGGAUUACUUGGUCGACCUGUAGAUGUAUUUCAUUUCUUCACAGUCGCUAAGAGUUUUCUUUUUUUUCAAUAUUGUACUCUUACGUGGAAACUUUUUAAUGUCGAGUACUGUCUGGUUCAGGAAGAAAGUCACCACCUUAACAAAUUUUAUUCAUUUACAUUUUCAAAUGGGCAGUCAAUCCACCAAUUCGAGCGGUUGACUGUAGUCAUGUUCAAAUUGGAGCUCACCUCUGAUGGAGGUUUUAGACGUGGUAAAAGCCAGAGUGCAUCCAUUAUUAGAGGCUGUUCCAACAUUGGGAGCCUACAAGUAGUUUGUUUCGUUGUGAGUGUGGCGUUUUAUCAGCAUAACUGAUAGAGUUCUGCCGUCUAAUUGAUUGAGUUGGUAGAUCUUUGUUCUUGUUUUGUUUUUGUUGCUUUACCUUGUAUUUAUUGUUAUUUUGUUAUUGUUUUGGUUAGAGUCAAUCAACUCGUGUUGUAUCUGUGUUACCCAGUCAUUAACAUCACACUUUUUCAUUGAAGCAGUAAAAGACUUUUCCUGAGGUUACAUAGCCUCAUUUAAACUCGAGGGGGGUAGUCUUGGUAUGGCGGAGCGGAGAUUGGGAGAAAUUCCAGACAGUGAUACCUACCCGUGACACAAUUGAGGGUUUGUUUACAUGGUACUUUGUGAGACUUCUCUCCUUCCCCCAAACACCCCUCCCCCCCCUCUUUCACCUUCGCCCAAGGUGUUUAAACGAGGCUGUGAAGAUGCAGAAAAAAAGCCAUGUGGCUUUACGAAAUACAUCUCAUAACACGCUUUGAUCCAAGACGUUAUAAUCGUGUUUAGUAUAAUUUCGGAGCUGAGCAAAGAGUUUCCAGCAAUCUGAUUGGUCGAG